UGUUGAUAGAAGAAUAUUUUUUUACUGCCGAAAUCUGCAUUUGUGUCUGCCCUAAAGUCUUGCUGCAGUUCACAUCAAGAGCGCUUAGCUGAGAGUUUCUUUUUGUAAGACUGAUUUAGGGCAUGUGUAUGUGUGUGUGUGUGUGUGUGUGUGUGUGUGUGUGCGCAUGUGCGUACGCGUGUGUGUUCUUGUGGAGUGCAUGUGCACGUGCUUGCACACUCGGGUGCAGGUCUACACAUGUGCGUGCACGUACGCCUGCUCAACGGCACUUGCCAGUGCACUGUGUCUUCGUGUCGUCGUGGUGAUGCCUCUUCACCGCGGUCACAUUCUCUGUUGCCAUGGUGCCCAGCAGUCUGUACGCAGCCGCUGCAAGACGCUGUGCAUCGCACUGGGCAUCGGUGCGCUGGUGAUCGUCGUUGCUGAGGUGAUCCUGCGGAACGUUGGCGUCGACAACCUGCAUGUCUACAACUUCCACCGUGAUCUGUUGCACCUGGUUCGCGCUAAGGAACCAUGUUACCCCAGCAACCAAGCUGAGCGAUUUCGCUUCUUCCGCAAUACCCUGAAAGACGUUGAUGAGAUAUUCACGACAUUGGGUAUCCCCUACUGGCUGGACUUCGGCACUCUGCUGGCUGCAUCGCGAUCUCCUCACUUCAUCCCGUGGGACUACGAUGUAGAUGUGGCAGUCAUGCAGGCAGACUUCGUGCCGCGGUACACCGCCAUCUCCGAUGACCUGCGCAAACGAGGCCGCACCAUAUACGGCACGCGGGGCUGCCGCUACAUCAUCAACGCGUGGGAUCACGGGCUGCCGCUCAUCUUCGAGAUAUUCCUCUUUGCCAAUGGCUCGGCCGAGGACCUGACAUUAUUCGAGAGAUCCCAUGGUCGUCGAGAUAUAGCCCCGUCGUCGCCGCAGGAUUCCCCCACUCGCUCUCCGAUCAUCACACGCUGCAACCUGAGAGACGCGUAUCGCUACACCAUACCGCGCAAGUACGCUGAGGAUCUGGUACGCGUGCCGUUCGAAGGCGUGAACGCCUCGAUCCCGCGCCACCACACGGACAUGCUGCGUCUGUAUCGCUACCCCUACUCAUACGGUAUCACCAUUCCGUACAAGAUACGCUGCUACUUGACCGAGCCCGAGUACGCCUGGAUGCUCGCCGUCGCUCUUCUGUUUAUCGCCGUCGCCAUGGCAGCGUGUUACCAUGGUGUUGGGGUGUUACGACGUCGAGGGCACACGACAAAGAUUAAUCUCUGCGCUGUGACGUGAGGGUAUGGCACCUAGUUUUUUUUAAACAGAAAAAAACAAUGAACUUGAAUAGUCUGCAGGCAACCUGCCUACACUAGUGCUCUCAUUUCACACAAAUCCAAAACAAUGAACGUAACAGGAAUGAGGCAUCGUUCAGCUUCGUAAUUCAAAGAGAAAUGUUGAGCACACAUGCUCUUUCCCUGGACACUCCAAAUUCACAACUCAGUUCACUGCAUUACUUUCGACGUUUCGGCAAACUGCCAUCAUCAGGAUGCAGUAUGAAGUGGAAAUCUGGCAAUGGAAAGGUGGCUGCUUUCCGCACGACUUGACACUUGAGCGCUAGCUCCAGUGUGGGGAGCACUGAACCAACUACUCUAUAAGAAGUAUCGGCCAAGAAGUCGCUAUCAGUAUUUCUUAUGACAAUGGUGCUCAUCUCUAUCUCCUCGGCCUGACUUUAAAAAAAUGCUUACAGCGUCCGGGUUUUAUUUACUUUUACAAGAACUUGUCUUGGAAAUGUUUUUUUAAUGGAUUUCUUUUUCAAAAUACAUAAAACGGUUUUACUGAUUACGUUUUCAAUGGAGGUUACUCAGCACAAACCA